AUGCUGUGGAUAUACUAUGCGUUUCUCAAGUCCAAUACCACCCUUCUCAUCACUAUAAAUUCUGUUGGAUGUUUAAUCGAGACCGUUUACAUUCUACUCUUUAUUUUCUACGCGUCAAAGAAGGCAAGGGUAGAAACAGUGAAGCUACUCGCUUUGCUUAUGGUUUGUGGAACAGGAUUAGUCGGUGUCACUCAAUUCGUAGUGAAAGCUUCUGAACGUGCAAACGUUGUUGGAUGGUUUUGUCUGAUUUUAUCUUUGUGUGUCUUCAUUGCGCCUUUAUGCAUUGUGAUCCCGAACGUAUUAGGGUUCAGCUUCGGCGUGCUUCAAAUGGUGCUUUAUGGAUUGUACAAACACGCAAACAAAAUCGAAAAGCAAGAGCAAAUCAUGGUUGGUAAAGAGCAGCAGAAAAGCCCCGAAAUAACCGAAACAAUUAUCAAAAUUGUCAAACGUAAGGCACUUUUAAGCAGUCCGGAGAAAAUUCCGUCGAGUAAAAACGGAGUCGAAGCAUCUCUACAUCAAAAUUUGCCAAAGGAAAUUGAAGUUUGA